GGAGGGACCUGGGGGAAAGGGGGUGGAGAAUGAAAGAGUAGGAAGAAGUGGGAGGAGGGAGGGCGACAGACUCGAGUCAAAAGGGGGUGGGAGAGCAACUGACAGGCUGAGUGAGAGCUGGGAAGAGUGGGCAGCGGAGGAGGCAGCCAGGAACCCAGGACCAGAGAAGCCCGUGGAAAUUCCAGAGAGAAGGACUGGGGAGAAGAAGUCCUGGUGGCUGUCUCCUGCUGAGUCAGGAUGGGUGACUGGAGCUUCCUGGGAGAGUUCCUGGAGGAAGUACACAAGCACUCUACAGUGAUCGGCAAGGUCUGGCUCACCGUCCUCUUCAUAUUCCGCAUGCUAGUGCUGGGCACGGCUGCCGAGUCAUCCUGGGGGGAUGAGCAGGCCGACUUCCAAUGUGAUACUAUGCAGCCCGGCUGCGGGAACGUCUGCUACGACCAAGCCUUCCCCAUCUCGCACAUCCGCUACUGGGUGCUACAGAUCAUCUUCGUGUCCACACCAUCGCUGGUGUACAUGGGCCAUGCCAUGCACACGGUGCGCAUGCAGGAGAAGCGGAAGCUGAGGGAGGCUGAGAGGGCCAAAGAGGUCCGGGGCACUGGCUCUUAUGAGUACCCAGUGGCUGAGAAGGCAGAGCUGUCCUGCUGGGAGGAAGUGAACGGGAGGAUUGUCCUCCAGGGCACUCUGCUCAACACCUAUGUCUGCAGCAUCCUGAUUCGCACAACCAUGGAGGUGGCCUUCAUCGUGGGUCAGUACCUCCUCUACGGGAUCUUCCUGGACACCCUGCAUGUCUGCCGCAGGAGUCCCUGUCCCCACCCAGUCAACUGUUACGUAUCCCGGCCCACGGAGAAGAAUGUCUUCAUCGUCUUUAUGCUGGCUGUGGCAGCGCUGUCCCUCUUCCUCAGCCUGGCUGAGCUCUACCACCUGGGCUGGAAGAAGAUCAGACAGCGCUUUGUCAGAUCUCGGCAGAGUACAGCCGAGUGUCAGCUUCCUGGCCCCUCUGCCGGCAUGGUCCAGAACUGCACACCACCCCCUGAUUUCAAUCAGUGUCUAGAGAAUAGCCCUGGGGGCAAAUUCUUCAAUCCCUUCAGUAACAAGAUGGCUUCCCAGCAGAACACCGAGAACCUGGCCACUGAGCAAGUGCAAGGCCAGGAGGCGAUUCCUGGGGAGGGCUUUAUUCACAUCCAUUACGGCCAGAAGCCUGAGGUACCCAAUGGGGCCUCCCCGGGUCACCGCCUUCCCAUUGGCUAUCCAAGUGACAAGCGCCGUCUCAGCAAGGCCAGCAGCAAGGCCAGGUCAGAUGACCUAUCAGUGUGACCCUCUAGUGUUGGGGGGGCGGAAUCCAGGACUAGGUGGGAACAGAGGAAACUCACAGAGGGAAGAUGUGUCCCUAUCGACCCCAUCUCUCAUUCUCAUACCUGUUCUGCUCCUUUUGGGCUUCAGGUCUCCGUGGCAUUGCUCAUUUACUCCAGAAGGUAGGACCAGGCCUCUUCGAGUGCAGGCAGUGACAUGGUUACCCACCCCAGCUGCUGUCCCUUCCCAUCCUCUACCCAGUGUACGUAGAAGGUUUUCAGAUUCUUUGGUCAAGAGGCCAGAGGAAGAAAAGGGAACAGCAGUAAAUCAAGCCACGGGAGGGAUAGCCAGAAGGACAGAAUGGCUCUCUACAUACCAGCAACAUACCAGAUGGGUUCUCCAAGUCUCUAUGGAUUCCUCGACCUGAUCGCCCUUCUUCUUGCAACGAAAAACCCAAAGAUCCCAGCCAAUAAAGAGCAUCAAUCAAAGACCUUCCAUUAGAUGUGCUCUUGAAUCUGUUGUCUCCAUGGGUCAAAAUUUGGAGUGGUGUUAAGGUGGCCUUGGGCUGCCCUGGGCUGCCUUCCCUGUACCCAGUCUUACUUAAAAAGAGGUCCUUGGAACUUGACCAGCAGCCUCAACUUUACAAGUGUUUUGGUAUGUACCUCUGGCAAAUGUCCUACCUUAGUGAAGCUGCAGCCUUUACUUCUGCCAGGGUGAAAACUGGCCCAUGGGGGUGCAAGCUCCCCCAGGGAGUGACUAUAUACACAGGCUCCACUGGAAUCCCUGCCACCACCUGUCAUCCUGCAGCUCUUUACAGCUCAACCCGAUGAUAGAAACCAUCCCAUCCCUUCCUUCCUUGGCUGUUCACCCAGUGCUCCCCUAAAGAUCUUAUCGACCAGAGUGCCCAAGAAGCCGUCGUCCUCUCUCAGAUCCUGACCGGAUCACCAGCCACAAGGGCCAAUGGAAUUUCCCUAGGUCUUAUUAAAACAAAGAGGGCAUUGUGCUUCUCAAAUUCCCUUUGGGAAAAAAUAAUUCUGCUGUGACGAUAAAAAUAAAAAAAGAGAGAAAAUACUGGAAAACUGUUUCCCCCUCCUAUUUAUUUCCCUUUCUGACUGCCAACUUAGAGUGCCAAGAGGAGGCAUGAUGACAGCUAUGGAGCCCCCAGAUCUCUCUCUCCCUGGAAGGCUUAGCAGGGGCAUGGAAGCGGUAAGGGAAUCUCCAGCUCUCUUGGCAGGGGCCUCUUUUAAGAGCACAGUGAUUCCUAUGUCUCCCUGGUGCUCCUAAUGAGACAGCUAGAAAGCAGUGGUGACUGCGGACUGUGGAAAAGUCCUGCCUUCCCAGGGACUGGCCUGGUUUCUCUGUUCAGUCCAUCCAUAGUGGGUGGUUGCCAUUAUGGAUAAAGGUAAAGGAUGCUCAGAAUUGGAUACUGAGACUUAUAGGGAGAUGAUUACUUUUUAAAAUGCAUGCAUGUGUGUGUGUGUG